AUGUUGUUCAGAGAGAUGCGUGAGGCGAAGUUAGGAUCCAGCGUCAGCUACAGCACUGGAGUGAGUGCGUGCGAGAAAGUCGGCCAGUGGCAGCGGGCUCUGUCGAUGAUCUGCAAGAUGUGUGAGGCGGGGCUGCAGCCUGACACCAUCAGCUGCAGCGCUGGGAUCAGCGCCUGCGGGGGACACGGACAGUGGCAGCGGGCAUUGCCGCUGCUUGGCGAGUUGCGGGAGGCGAGGCUGGAGCCCGACGUCAUCGCCUUGUCGGCUGGGAUCGGCGCGUGCGAGAGAGGCGGGCAGUGGCAUCGGACUCUACAGCUGCUUAGCGAGGUGUGCGGGGACAGGUUGAUGUCCAGCGCCUGCGUGCGUGGCGGCCACCGACGUCGCACACCCUGCCCCAGGCACACCAAGUAA